AUGGACCUAUUCUCUCUUUCAGGAAAGACAGCCCUUGUCACGGGGGGAACCCGAGGAAUCGGCAAGUCAAUGGCUCUUGCGAUGGCUGAAGCCGGAGCGGACAUCAUUCUCAUUCAGAGAGACACCAGCAACCAGGGAACAAAAUCUGAGAUCGAGAAUCUCGGCCGCAAAGCAAUCAUUUACACAGCCGACUUAUCGAGCCAAGAUUCGGUCUCAUCCCUGGUUUCGAGAGUGUUGAAAGAUGGACAUGACAUUCACAUACUUCUGAAUUGCGCGGGAAUCCAACGGAGGCACCCCAGCCACCUCUUUCCCUUGGAAGAUUGGGACGAGGUUUUGCAAGUUAACCUCACAACCGUGUUCACGCUGUGUCGAGAUGUUGGAGCCCACAUGCUGGCACGAGAGCCCGACCAGGCUGGUCAACGCGGUCGUAUUAUCAAUGUAGCGUCUCUUGUGUCCUUCCAGGGGGGGUUGACUGUUCCCGCGUAUGCAGCUGCCAAGGGAGGCAUUGCGCAGUUAACCAAAGCGUUGUCUAACGAGUGGGCGGCGAAAGGGAUCAACGUCAAUGCCAUCGCACCCGGGUACGUCGCGACUGAUAUGAACACUGCGUUGAUCCAGGACGCGGACCGGGCAGCCAGCAUUUUGUCUCGUAUUCCAGCUGGUCGAUGGGGUGAUCCCGACGACUUCAAGGGCUCCGUGGUUUAUUUGGCCAGUCGGGCAAGCGCAUACGUUAGCGGGGAGGUUCUCACGGUGGAUGGGGGGUGGAUGGGUCGGUAA